AUGGCGGUCGGAAGACAAGAGCCGCUCGUUUCCCGGCGAAUGGAGAAAACGGCGGAGCUGACGGCGCAACUGACGGAGCUUCGUCAGAUGACGGUCGAGCUGCCGGAGGAAACGGAGUCUGACGAUUCAAGCUCCGUCAACGACUGUGGUUCCGUGAACGAGGCGUCGUCGGGGAAUGGCGAGUGGGAGUCGGACGACGCGGACAGUCUCUUCACGGUGAAGCAUCUCCGUUAUAAGCUUGCUGCGAGCCCCGUUUCUGUGCUGGACCUCAGGCAGCAGGUGACGAGCUUAAAAAAACGAGGCGAGGAAUAUGACUCGGAUGCAGUGACAACGACAAGCAGCGGAAGCAGCGGAGAGCUGGACCCAUCGUUGGUGCUCCAGGACUUGUUGUUCACUGGCAGCAGUAAAACUGCAGCAAAUCCGUCUUCAUCCCCUUCCCGUUCCUCCUCCGCUUCCUCCUCCCUCUCCUCUCUCUCCUCUCUCUCCUCUGUCCCCUCCCCUACCAUCCUCUCUCCCUUCUCCCCAUUAACUGAAGCUAGAAAUAUGCUUCCUCCUCCUGCUCUUUCCUCCCUCCCUCUCCCUCUUUCCUCUUUAUCUCCGCCUCUCCAUUCCUCUUCUCUCUCUCCUCCCUCUCCUUCUCCUCCUCCUCGCUCGCCGUGCCCUGUGGAAUCUCUGGCUCUUCUGGACCUAUCCAGCACGCAAUCUGUUCUAGCUGACGUGGCAGCAAACGUGGGGCUCGCUGACGUGGCGGGGAUCGAGCAGGACCUGGAGUACGUUCGCCACGUGUUGCUGCUGUCCGGGUUUGCAGUCUCGCUCCGGAAGCUGCACCCGCGACCAGUGGGGAAAGAUCUUCUGAAGAGAAUCUGGGUGGAGAUUCAUGAUUGGCCGAUUCCACCGUCACCCGACGUGUAUGAUGUGCUUGAUGACGCAGCGAGGAGGGAUAUGCAGAAAGGCGUGGAUCGGUGGUCGCAGGAAGAGAUACGAGACUCUGAGGCUGCUACAGUGGCGUUUGAUUUGGAGGAGAUGAUUCUAGACGCUCUUGUUGAGACUGCUUGUAAGGAGUACAGCGAGGUGGAGAGGGAACGGGUGGAGAGGAGGCGAGUGCGGGAGCUGCAGAGGAAAGCGGCCCGGGAGGAACAGGAGAGGGAGAGGCGAAGGUGGAGCAUUGGAGGGAGGGCCUGUGCGGCUGGAAGUGAGGUGCCUAGCAAUGUCUUUGGGAGGACACUGAUCGGGUAUGGUAGUGCUGGGAGGAUGGGAAGGGCAGCGACCCCACAGAGAGGAGGUGGAAGGUCCAGUAGCAGUGAGAGGGCGGCUGGGAAGGGUGUGGGGUUGCAUGGAGUGGAUAGGGCCCCUGCCAGGCCCACCACUCCCGUGAGGGCUGUCACUCCUGGGCGGGGCGUGAGGGCAAUUGGAGUAGGGAAGGUAGGUCAGAGGCCUGUUGGAGGGGUGGUUGGUGGGGAUGUGGAUAGGAGGUGGAGAAACUAA